CUUUUACUUCAUUUUCAAUUCAAGUUUCUUUUUUCACGAAUAGUAUAAAUUACGCUCGCAUUCCAGUCACAUUCACACGCAUUCCCUCUACCAUGGACACCACGCAAGAAACAUCGCUGAACACGUACAUUGCGCUGCUUGAUGUGCCUGAGAACAAAUUCGAGAUUCUCCCGGGAGCCAGCUCGGACUUGACAUCAGUCACAUUCUCGAUCAAGGAGGAGGACCACACACUGGGCAACGCCCUGCGGUGGACUAUCAUGCAGAACCCCGAGGUUGACUUUUGCGGCUACUCCAUUCCUCACCCGUCGGAGGCCAAGACCAACGUGCGCAUUCAGACCACAGAGCGCACGAAUGCCAUUGAUGCCAUGAACAAGGGUGUGGACGAUCUCCGGAUGGUCUGCGUCAUGGUGAAGGACAGGCUGGCACAGCGGCUGGCUGCUGGUGACUAUGCGCGUGGCGAGUAAAAACACUAGCCACAGCAGCUGGUGCGCAAGGCGAAUAUAGUCUCAGUUGUAGAUUUUAGGAGACCAAUAUUUAGAAAACAAUUACAAUUGAACACAUGCUCGCUUUGUCCGUAACACCAGUAAGAAAAAUAACGUUCACUGGAAAAUAUAGAC